GGGAGUCACAGUCGCCGAGCUGUGGCGGCACGGCACCACACUACGUUUCCCGCCGACGCCCGCGAAGGGCGAGCAGGGCUCGGGGCGGGGUCUACGUCUGGGAGGCGGCUCCACGGCGCCGUGGCGGGGUUUGUGAAAAAACUUGAUUUCCAAAAUGAAUAAAGAUGCUCAGAUGAGAGCAAGCAUUAACCAAAAGCUGAUAGAAACAGGAGAGCGAGAACGCCUUAAAGAGUUGCUGAGAGCCAAAUUAAUCGAAUGCGGCUGGAAGGAUCAGCUGAAGGCACAUUGCAAAGAUGUCAUUAAAGAAAAAGGAUUGGAGCAUGUCACUGUUGAUGAUUUGGUGGCAGAAAUAACUCCCAAAGGCAGAGCCUUGGUACCAGACAGCGUAAAGAAAGAACUCUUGCAAAGAAUAAGAACCUUCCUUGCCCAGCAUGCCAGUCUUUAACUUUGACAUUUGUCUGGAAUACGGUGUUUCUGUCUCUGUAUUAUGUCAAUCAUGUUAGCAUUAGAAUGUGGUUUACAUACAUAAGGAUGGAAAGUCAUUAUUUUUUGUAUGAUGAGUUGAAGUUUGUUUUCACUGCAUCGAUUUCUUAAACUUGGUGUUAUUUUAAUAAAAAAAAUUUGUGGA